UACUACCGCUGGUACCUCUUACGUCCAUACGUGAUAAUUGCUCGUGCGGUGCAUACUUUUCACGAUAGGCCUUCCCAGCGCAUAUUGCAGAAGCAUGUCUCGGAAGCACAGAAAGCAUCGUCGCAGGUACAGCGGCGAGUUCUACCACAGCGCCAUCAUCGCCUUGAACCUGGUCCACACGGCGCUGCUGCGCUGGACCGUGGGCGACGACACGGCGUCAAUCAAGCUCCGGGUGCGGCCCCAGAAGAACUUGGAGGAGUCUGUGGAGUACGACAAGGACUCGGCCGAGGUCAUCCAGCGCCAGUUGGAGCGCUUCACAUUCGGCGCUAUGUCUCUGGCCACGAUGACCGCCGCGAGCGGCCUGUUCCCCGUCGUGGACCGUGUGAGCGGCUGCCGCCAGCUGCAGCUGCUCACGGGCCUCUCCGUCCGCGUCUACUGGCUGGCAAACUUUGUCUUCGACUUCUUCCUCUACGCAUUGUCCACCGGAUGCACCUGCGGCAUGAUGAUCUUAUUCUACGGCGCUUUCUUCCAGGAAAUGAUGCAGCCCGUUCUGCUUCUUUUCGCCUGUUACGGCAUCUGUGCCUUGCCCUUGGGGUACCUGCUGUCCCUUGGUGCGAACACUCCGUCUACUGGCUACGCCCUCGUCCUGUUGUGUAGCUUCUUUGGCGCGUUCAUGACGAGCGGCACGAUCGCCGCCGAACUGCUGAAGACGGCUGCCGGCAUCAGGUUCGUUCUGCUGAACUUACUUCCCUUGCUGCGCCUGAUGCCUUCCUUCGCCUUCAUGUCGGCAUUUUUGAACACCGUGUCCAAGAGCCAGCUCGCCUGGAUCUGCACUCGAACGGCCUUGAACGUGUACAAGCGCGUAUGCGUGGAGCCGGCCGAAGGCUUCAGCGUGGCGGUCGAGGAAGAGCGGCGCAACAACAGAGACUUCGUGAGGCACUGCUGUCCCGAGUUUCUCAAGGCGGGAGCCACGCAACAAGUCCCGGACUUCAGACCGUCCCUGUCCGACAUUGAAGAGGUGUUCCUGAUGCUGGUCGAGUGCGUAAUCUUCACCUUGCUGCUGCUGUACCUGGAGAGCGGCGGCAUGAGCAGCUUGCGAGAACUGUACGGCACCGAGGCGAGUCCGCAUUGUGCUCUUUCUUGA